UUUACAAAAAUGUCAAACUAGAGGUAAAAAUGUCUAAUUAAACGUGUUGCAUCACAGAUCUGUUCAAUUAGCUUAAUGUCGAUGUAGAUGUAAAUUACUGUAUAACCAAAUCAAAACAAAAGCCGAGACACAAAGCCCAGACAAAAACCAAACGAGCCGUCCGUCUCCGUCAAUUAUUCUUUUCUACAAACCCUGCCGGUCGUUUUCGUUGAACGUAUGCUGACGGGUCGUUACGUUGCUGGUGUAUGUGAAUGUUUUCAUGAGAAUUGCAUGGUAGAAUCAUUGACGUAUCGUGACGUGACGGGACGUGAACGUGACGUGUAUGUUGUAUGUGAAUCGCACUUAUGUUGUAUGUGAAUCGCACUUAAACCGAAUGCACUUUAUGGCGGGUUUACAUUAGGGAGAUCUAUAGCUAUAGAUGGAUUUAUUCACGUGAAAAUAGGUGUAAACGGGUGAGAAUAAAUAUGAUACACUUAUUCGAGGUAUAUAUAACUUGAAUAAAUUCAACAUAUGUAAACGCUUGUGAAUUUCUCACUGGUGAGAAAUCACUAAAGUUGGAUGCAGUUCUACUUUAGGUGAAUAAAUUCACCGAAAAUAUGAAUAUAUUCAUUAUAGAAGUUCACGCUAGUGUAAACGGUUGAUGCGAUUUCUAUAAAUCUCAUCAUAUUUCUUCACAUGAAUAUAUCCCUAGUCUAAACCCACCCUUAGAAUGGAGGUUUAGGUUAGUGAGAUGACGCGUCGUAUUCUGAACUCGAUGAGUCGAGGUUCUAGACUUAGGAAUGGAAUAAAUAAAAUUUUGUUGUGAUAGGAUGUCUGAAUUUUGAAAACGUAGUAGUAUUUUCUUUUUUUUUAAUAUCUAAACAUCGCUAGAGUUGAAUUGACUUUUCUGUUUCUUUUUGUUAUGAAUAAUAAAUAACUUUCGAUGUAGAAUUAAAAAGAAAUCUGAUUCAUUUACUGGCCAGCGGUAGCCUAAUUACCGACGAACCGUUUUAGUUUUUGCAAGUUUGAGGAUAGCAGCCCUGCAAAGAUGGUAUUCGCAUCGAAUUCGCUAGGAACAAAAAGGAGAGGAGCCCAGCGAGCGAGGUGGUUGGACCAGUUGGAGCAGGACUCGACAAGAUUCGGUGCAACCGAGAGUUGGAGAACUGCAGCUAUGAAUCGAGUGCAUUGGCGGAACAAUGUUGUAAACAUCGGAAUAGUAUCGAUGGGACAGUUUAUUAUAUGUGUUUUAUUGUCACGAUAAUUGAUAUUUAUUCAUUCAAGAGAGUUUCAAAUAGUCUACCCAAUCUGUCGUGGUAAGUGGUUGCUUAAAAUCGCAUUCGGGAAACACUGUCAUGUUCAAUUGUUAUAUGAGUUGUACUUUUUGUUGUACAAAAGUAAAACAGGCAGGGUUUGUGGGGUGAGGCGCUACACAUACAACAUCUCAUCUCUUGGACUUAUUUUGCCGACGUUGAAGUUGACGUUGCUGGUGUAUGUGAAAUCAUAUGUGUGUGAGGCAAGACGUGCCGUUUCAUAUUCCACCAUAAAUUAUAUAACGUCUCGAGCUCGAUGAAUUGUCACAACCACAGUUCUCGCCAGAGGGGUUGAACGGGAGUGUAAACAGUGGAGUAAUCCUCAUACUUUUUGUUGAGAAGGCGCUUGUAUGGUGGAUAAUGUAUUCUCGCGUAACUUUUGAAAAGGUCCAAUGUAACAUUUUCGUCAACUCGAGAAAAACGAAGUUGAAGACCCGAACAUUAAUCUGCGAAUUGUAUUGAAAGGUAUCGAUCUCUAUCGCUACUUUCACCACUAGCAGUCAAGAAUAACUCUGAAAAACCAAUCGUAACUGUUGUUCAGUGAUUUGAGCUUAUAUUUGAAGCCUAGGAACGAAAAAUGUUACAUUGGACGUUUUGACUGCCGCGUUUGCACAUUGGACAUAUUACGUUGCACGAUGCGAAUCUGAAACUAACUACUAAACAGCAAUUCGAAUAUCAGCAUUUCGUUCUAAAGACAUAUUAUUGUUGUUAUCACUCGUUGAAUUGCACUGAAAUCGCUAACAACGCCUGUAAGAAGCAAAAACCCAAAACGACCGAAGUACGACUUUGUGUUGUUUUGACUGCUUUGUUACUUCGGACGUUCCGAGCGUCGGAAGAAAGUGGUGUCCGAAGUAACAGCCGAGUGCUUAAAAUACGAAUCUGCACAUUGGAUAUUUUUUGUAUCGGCGAUAAAAAUAUGAAGAAGAUAGAUACAUGAACGAUUGUUUUUGUAAUGCAUUCAAUGAUUGAAAACUAAGAGCGUGCAUCCAUUAACUCGAUUUGUUUACUUUUGUUACAUAGGACCUUUUCAAAAGUUAAGCGAGUAUUUUGCAAAAAACUAAGUCCAUAUGAACAUAGAUUUAAGGGACAACGAGGAGGAAAUUUGUGAAUGCACGAAGCGUGACGAAACAUUAUUCAUGUCAUAGAAACUCAAACGUGGCCGAUGAGCUUGAUGAAAUUCAAAUCGGUAGCGGCGUUCUGGAUUCCAUUGGAGAAAUCAUAGUGAAAAAUGGAUGUGCCAUCAUCACCCAGCAGCUUCAAGGAUAAACUUGGGGAUAGCUCACGCAAAACAUCCAAGCCAAGUUGGCGAGUCUUAUCCGUUGACAGGUGUAGUGAACUGGAAUGGCUUAUGACGCAAACAAGUGGGUAAAGUAAUGUGCAAUUUAUUCCGUAAUGAACCACCGGAAAGGAAAUGAAAACAGUUUGAUCCAAAAUGCGUAUGGAAACCGUUGCUCUUGGCAUGACCGGACCAUAUAAGAAGCUUGGGUGAAUAUCGGAAUAUUAGAAUGUCGGCAAACAAAUAAUAGAUCAUCCAAUCAGGUACACCAUCGCACGACCUGUUAAAGGUACAAAGUUUGAGCAUCAGAGUACAGUGUUGGAUGCUGUGGGGUGCUGAUCAAGAAGGCUUCCCAAGAACAAUGAAGUCUGAUAAUGAUCACCAUUAAAACAUAAUCUAUUAUAAAAAUUUCGAUGCAUUCUAAAAUAAUGUUCGAAGUGGUAAACAAGUGGAUUGCAUAAUAUAAUUGCGUAGUUUUACGCCGAAAAUAUGCGGUCGUGUCCUAGAUGCAACCCCUUAUAAUUUCUUUUUCUAUGGUAUUGGAAUCCUUUUUCCGGAGAAGAAGGAGAAUGUGUGUGGUAAGACGUGCCGUUUCAUAUUCCACCAUAAAUUAUAUACCGUCUCGAGCUCGACGAAUUGUCACAACCGCAGCUCUCGCCAGAGAAAGUCAAACAUCCAACAAGGUAAGACGUGUAUUCGUGCUCCGGGUGCAAUGGCGACGGAACCAAGUUACACAAUAUGGUCGCACUCACACAUUGUUUAUCCGGAGGUCGAAAAUGCGCUUGAGCUGGGGUAGACUGUACACUUCGUAUUUGCUCUUCGUGAUUGACCUGAACCAGCGAAAUUGCAUAAAGAACACACGGAAGAACGCUUGGGAUUAGCAAAUCGUUCUCAUUGUGCAUGUUUCAAUGAAUCGAGCUUUAAAUAGUCAAUAACGACGCCGGCCACGUUCUUACCGUCACUAGGGGAAGGGAAGGAAUGUUAGUAUGAUAUUCGCCGCCAGAAGGCCAGAAGUGUCACCUCUACAGCGUAGUUCCCUAGCGUUUGUCAAGGAAGGGCUAGGUGUUAGUUGGGGGAGGUAAGAAUCAGGAUUCAUUGGCGUGAGUGAUGCGAUUAGGAGUUUAUCCGUUUCUUCCUUUGCAUAAUAAUCAUGGAUAACAGCUAUUACAACUAUCCUCCUUAGGAGCUUUGCUCUGGUUCUCAAUAGUUUUAGGUUCUUUUUCGGACUACUAUAGAGAUCCGUCAUUCGCAGGCGAAGUUGUUUGUCCAGAUGUCAAAUGUUUGACAUAUUUUGGCAGAUAAAGUUUGGUUUUAAAUUUGUACAAACACUAUUUUGUUUGCCACUCUUGAACUAUCAACAGCGGCAAAUAAUCUCAAACACCAUACAGUAAUUUACAUUUAAUGCGACAUCUUGCUAACUGGACAGACCUGUAAUGCGACACGUUUAGUUGGACAUUUUUACCUCUAAUUGGGCAUUUUUGUAAAAAUCGAGUUCGGGCCCAAAUUACAGCCCCACAUCGAAGGUCGCCUCCAGAUGCGACACUGAGUGGUGCUUCGGCUUGUCGCAUUGAAUUCAAAUUACUGUAUGUGGAAAAAAUCGUCUGAAAUAUUUAAGGUGGCCUAACCAUGUACAAAACAGGUUCGACGAAUAGACCGAGAAACAUUUUAGGCAUCCCAUGACUGAAUAUUUGCAUAUGGUGUUUUGUGUCGAAAAUAUUUGAUCAGGACACGUUGAUCAAAAUGUAUUUGUCAAAAAGAGUCAAAUAUUUGGCUUCGGUCAAACAUUGUACGAGCACCUUUACUGAUCAAGAACAUUCAAAUAUCUCGAACGAGUCUGCGCAGUCGCAUACUUCCCAGCUUGGAAGAUAUCUUCAAUAUGAACAUAAAUAAUCUGCCGAUCGAGAUAUUGGAGCGAAUUUUCCUCAACCUUCCACUGAGUGAUCGUAAGAAUGUCAGCAUCGUGUGCCAACGCUGGUCACACGCUGCCUUCUCGUGGCCUUGCCUGGGAGGAGUCGAUCUUAGCAUCAACAGCUCGGUUUGUACCGAUCAGGCGCUUUCUACGAUAGCGUCCAGCCAACGUGGCUAUAGAAAUGUUCGCUUUCGGAUCGAUCAACCUGUCUUCGGGGCGUGCCAAGAGCAAGCCUUGGUGCGAAUUUUGCACAAACAUCGCCAUUCGUUGGAGCGAUUACUUUUCAUUUGGGCUGUGGAAGGACAGGUGUUCGAUGUGGAGACGUUUUUCAGAAUUGCAAGAUACAUUCCUUUGUUGAAGGAACUCUGUAUAGAAGAUUGCAUGAACUCGUCAACUGAAGACGGCUUGCUACAAGGAAUUCCGAUCGAAUCAUUUAAGUGUGUGGAAAAGAUCGUCGUUCCCAGCUGUCUCAUGAACAAUACGCACUUCGAUUUGGCCAAGUUAGCACCUCAUGCAAACCAUGUUUGCGUCGAGUUCACCGGGAGGCAUCCCUGGGAAGCAAUCCAACGGUUGAGUCAACAGCUGCUGAGUCUACGCAUCGCGAUAGCGACUGCCUACAGCUUCCGGCCGCUGUGGGAGUCGAAGCCAACUCGGCUGCAGAAGUUGAGUUUGUCGCGGAACUGUAGUGAGCUGAUGGAAUCGAGUGGAAUCAAAUUUGAGGAGGCGUGCAAUUUUUUCCCCUCUUGUGGUGGCUUGACCGUAUUGGAACUGAACUUUCACGUUCCCAACAGAUUGCUUGAGAUUAUAACCGUUUGUUGUCCUCGAUUGAAAACAUUGCUGGUGUGUGAUAUUUACGACGGUUGGCAGCUAUUGCGAACGCUACAGCGACUAGAGAAUUUGACGUAUUUAACAAUACAGGAGACCACUUUCGACGCCAAACACCCGAACGACGCCUCAUUGAGACUGUCAGCGUUAGAAUAUAUUAAGCUUGAAUCUAUAGGUCUUGACAAUGAUUUGGAAUUCUUCAAUCGUUUGGCACAGUACAUACCAAACCUGAAUGGCUUGCAAUUUUCCAACUAUGGUAAAUUCAACGACGCUCAAUACAAUGCAAGCGUUUUGAAGUCGUUAUUUUGCGCCAGAUUUUCGAACCUGGAACUUCUGAUCCUGGAUGACUUCAGCUGUGUAUUCCCAUCGCACAUGCUCGACCACUUAAACAACCAACCACGCUUAAAGGAACUGGGACUAAGGUUUUGUGAUAUUUCACCGUGGAGUCGCACCAUAACCAUACCUUCUGUGCGGAAGAUGGCAUUAGAGAUACCGCUAACCGCCAAUCGGGAACGAAACCUGAAAAACGUGUUCCCGUCGCUUACCCAAACAGUUUAUGCUAUCGAGAGCUUAAGCGAACGGAUUUCACCAAGUGAGUUUUACAAUCCCACGAACAAACGAAUCGGAUUGAGGUCUACUUCGACUGAUGAUUUUAGAGAACACUUUUGAUCAUAAAGAUAAGUUUACGAAAACAAAUAUAUUUAUAUUAAUGCACUCGUGAACAUACAUUAGACGCUGAAUUAUUUGAAUUAGUUAUAAAAGUAGUACGAAUGAAGUGAAAGAUAACGAUUUAACGGUUUAAACUUUUCUUUCUCGGGUGGUCGAUAAAAGCAAUUGUGAUGAUUGAUUGUCCUCGGUUAGCCUGCAAACGACGAUCACGAUAAUCUGCAUUUGUCCUUGGCGUUAUUUCCUCCCACGGGUAUGCCACUCCGGUUUGCGUUUCUUCCGUUCUCCCCGUUGUUGUCGCGGGCUGCCGCCCUUGUCGUCUCGUCUUCUUCUUGUUGUAGCGAUAGCGCCAAAGCUCUUGCCAGUGCUUCGUCUUCGGACAUAUUACCCUGAACCGUAGCCAGGAGGUUGUCGCUAGCAUUCCGCGACGAAUUAGUAUUAUUGGUCGCACUCGGUCGCUGUCUCUGAAUCGCUGCUUGUUCAGCUAGGUGACGCUGUGAUGAGAUCGUUCCCUUACACUCGUGAUCGGUCGUGUGACGAUGCCGGAGGCAGAAGUUUUGCUUACAAAUCGCACACGAAACCGGGAUGAGUUCCUUCUUUUUACAAUUUUUGUACGUGCAAUGAUUGGUGUAAAUCUUUUUCUUCUCCGAGCGACAGUACUGAUCGAUAUGGGCUCCGACCGUCACAUCGGGUGGGACAUCCCGUGGAGUGGGAAUUGGCUCUCCACAGAGCGGGCAUAUUGGAACUUGAACAUCUUUCUUAAAGGCUGAUGGGCAGGAAUGUGUCUGGUAGCUAAAAUGUUCAGAGC